AUGGCAGAAGAACGGAUUGUACGUGUAGGAACGAGAAAAAGUCAGCUUGCACUCAUCCAGACCACCUCUGUGAUUCAAAAGCUGAAGGCCUUGGACCCAAGCCUGAAGUUUGAGACAGUGCCUAUGACCACAACCGGAGACCGGAUCUUGGAUUCUGCACUUUCAAAAAUUGGUGAGAAGUCGCUCUUCACCAAGGAACUGGAGACAGCCCUGCUCAAGAAACAGGUUGACUUUGUUGUGCACUCCCUCAAAGAUCUGCCCACAAUCCUGCCAGAUGGACUUGUUAUUGGAUGCGUUUGCAAGAGGGACAGCCCAUAUGAUGCAGUGGUGAUGCACCCAAAGUACAGAGGAAAAACGCUUAAAGAUUUACCGCCUGGAAGUGUUAUCGGCACCAGUUCGUUAAGACGAGCAGCUCAAAUUCAGCGGAUGUAUCCACAGUUCAAGAUAGAAAGCAUUAGAGGCAACCUGAAUACAAGAUUCCAGAAACUGGCGGAGCAAGACACGUACGAUGCCAUCAUUUUGGCUGUGGCUGGUCUUGAACGGAUGGGCUGGCAUGAGUGGAUUUCACAGGUUCUGACUCCAGAAGAGUGCAUGUAUGCGGUGUCGCAGGGUGCCAUGGCUGUGGAGUGCAGGGCUGAUGAUGAUGCAGCUCUCUCCUGUCCUCCUGCAUGUUCGUUUGGCAUGGUCCAUGAAGGUGGAUGCAGCGUACCAGUUUCUGUGUUUACAGAAGUCUCUAAAAGCCAGCUGACCUUGAGAGGAGGCGUGUUCAGCAUCGAUGGCACCCAGGCUGUACAACACACAGUUGUUGCCAGUUUGGAUGAUCAAGAUUUUCUGAAAUCAGAACAUUCCUCGUUUGUGGGCAUCUACUGCCAGACCCCCGCCAACAGACAUCAGUACAGCUCAGCCUGGGCAGCCGGGGAGCGACUGGCAGACGACAUGAUAGCUCUAGGUGCCGAGGCUAUCUUGGCGGCCGCCAAAGCUGAGACUAAGAAAGAACUCAUCAAGGAGCACGAGAAGAAGGGGCAGCACAACAUGACCAACCAGGCGGGCAGUUCAGUGCUGGCUGAUUAA